AUGGGUGAUCCUCUUCUGAUGCUUCACUUCCUCUUCCUCUUCCUGCUCCUCAUCCAGAUAUUUCCAGCCGCAGUAGCAACAUUAUCAACCUUCCCAAUUGCAAAGCCUGGUUGCCGAGAUAUCUGCGGUAACGUUUCAGUUCCCUACCCUUUUGGCUUCGGCAGUAACAAUUGUUACAGAGACACAACCUUUGAGGUAACCUGUAACGACACUUAUUACAACCCUCCAAUUCUGUUCUUUGGAAACACGGAAGUCCUAAAUAUUUCAUUACAAGGCCAAAUCCGCAUAUUGAACUUUGUUGGUAGACAUUGCUACGACUCAAAGGGCAAUACUAUUUCUAGCAACUACCCCUUAUUUAAUAUGAAUAACUCCCCUUUCACCAUCUCUGAUACAGAAAACAAAUUCACAGCUCUAGGUUGUGACACUUAUGCAUAUAUCAAUGGCUCUGAUGGUAAACAAUUCAGGAGUGGCUGUGUCAUGUCUUGCACCAACAAAGACGACUUGAUGAAUGGUUCUUGCACAGGCAUCGGUUGUUGUCAGACCUCCAUUCCAAAGGGUUUCAGAUCCUUUGAAAUAUCUGUUGGAAGCUUCUAUAAUCAUAUUUCUGUUUAUGAUUUCAAUCCUUGUAGCUAUGUUUUCGUGGUUGACUACAACUGGUACAACUUCUCCACAUCAGAUCUCUUGAAUUUCACCAAUGAGAUUGAUGAAUCAGGCUAUGCCCGAGUUCCUAUGGUGUUUGAUUGGGCCAUAAAUUGGCCAAAGAAUCAGAGCAAUAGAUCUUGUGAAGAAGCUAUGAAGGAUAACAGUUACGAAUGCGGCAACAACACCAUCUGCAGUGUCUCCAAAAACGGUGUUGGUUACAUCUGCAACUGUUCUCAAGGUUAUCAAGGAAACCCCUAUCUUGGAUGCCAAGACAUAAAUGAAUGUGCGUAUCCAAAUAACAAUCCAUGUAUCUACUCUUACUCGUGCACCAAUCUUCCUGGGAAUUACAGUUGUUCUUGCCCAAAUGAUUAUCAAGGAGAUGGAAGAAUAAAUGGGAGUGGUUGCACCCAUAAUCCAAAGCAAUUCCCAGUAAUACAGGUCACCGUAGUGCCCUGGAAUUCCAUUGGUGAAGUGAUGUUAAACAACGAAUUGCCGUCGUCCACGUAUAAGAUGGGGGUCUUUGAGGUUGCAUGCGUUGAAAGCUAG